AUGGAAGACUCUCAGCCCAAGAAAUCCCCAAAGAUUGAAGCCCUUUUGACAGGUCCUGGCCCUGGAUGUUAUAGCUUACCUCCAACAAUUGGAUUUGUCAAUCAUGAUUACACCCGCUUCACCAGCCCUGCUUAUUCCUUUCGCCAGAGGCUCGACAAUCUUGGUCUGCCUCAAAGCCCCGGACCGGGUACCUACAGCCCGGAGAAGAAGCUAGGAGGGCCCAGCCUUCAGCCGAGGGCCCCCUCCUUCUCCAUAGCUGCCCGCACCAAAUCCCGCCCGGUGGACCUCGUUCCAUCUCCCAACAGCUACCUCCUCCCCUCGCUGCUCAGGGCACGGACUCCCAGUAGACCCUCCAAGCCCACCCGGGCCCUCCCCGCCAGGAAUGCGAAAAGCAGAGCUUCCAAGGACCCUGGCCAAGCGCCAGGCCCGGCCAGCUACAACCCUCAGGCAUCUUCCGCCUGCUUCUGCCGACCCCCAGCUUUCUCCAUGCUGAAGAGGCUCCAGAAACCCCCCAGAGCCUUCCAGACUCCGGGGCCAGGAGCCCACAGCCCAGAAAAAGUGACCGUCCACAAGACAGGGGCGCCUUCAUACUCUUUCGGGGUCCGACACUCGGAAUAUCUCAUGCCAUUCAUCCCGGAUGCUCCAGAGUGGUAG